AUGAGUGCACCACUGCCCCUGCACAAGGAGGUGUAUCAGGAGCUGCGCAAGCUGGAGAGGCUGCGGCGAGAGGCCGACACAGUGGUGGGCGAGAUCAACAAGCUCCAGGCCGUGGCCGACAAGCAGGGUGGGGUUGCUGCUAUGGAGCCUCGGGCGCUCAACAGGCUCCGCAACUUGUAUGCAGAGCUGGCGCAGCUGCACGAGGCCGAGGUUAUUCUGACCGGAGCAUCGGUGGAGAAGCUGCAAAGUGUGAUCGACACCCACCACAAGGGCGUCAAGACGGCGGCCGAGUUUGACAAAUACACGCCAAACAAGUUGAAGCGGGCCAAGAUGGCCGACACCCGCAUCACCGAGCCGCCGGUUUGGCCGGGCACCGGCACACCACCGGUCCUCUGCGGACGUGUCCGCUGGCCGGCCGACCUGGAAAUCCCGCCCGGGUUUAUGGUUGUUGUCAAGGUCACGCGCGGCCAUGACACGGCGACGUGGAUUUUGGGAACCGUCAUGCGGUACAUUGCGCUCAAGGACAGGUACGAGGUGGAGGAUCUUGACGUCUCGGAUGACUACGACUGCAUCCGCAAAACGCUUAUCCUCCCCUCCAACAUGGUUAUUCCGCUACCGUACGUGGUGCCGUCCAAGUUCAACGAAGACACCGAGUUUGCCAUAGGCGACACCGUGUGCGCUCUCUACCCGCUCACAACAUCGUUUUACCCGGCCCGUGUGCUCAACGUCCCGUCACAGACCGGAAAUGGCAAGUACACCCUCAAGUUUGAGGACGACAACCGCAACCACCACAUCAACUGGCGCUUUGUCCUCCACAACCCGGACAUGUACUACACCGCCUAACUUGCCUCGGCAAGCUUGGCUGCCAGCCACGACGCCAGGCGGUCGGCUGAGAGUGCCUCGAGCUCGUACUUGCGGCCCAGCGCUUGCUGGCUCUCUAUCCGCGCUCGCCACGCCGCGGGCAUGAGCUUGGCAAGCAGCCGGCUCCGCAGCAGGCCGGCAAGUUUGCCGGUGUCGGCCCGCGUCAGCGGCUCGCCACCGCACCCGCGCUCAUCUAGCACCGGGUCGUCGGCAUGGAGGCCAAGCCAAUGCCACACCGUCGCCGCCGGCGCCACCAAAU